CGGAAAUCUCUGUGUAACGGCAGAGAGAGAGAGAGAGACAGAGAGAGACGGCUGCUACGGAGUCUCCCUGAGGACUGACAACCAGCAUACCCCCCCCAAUCUGAGUGAUACAGAAACUAAAUAAAAGAUGGAGGCGACUAGAAAGCUGGAGGCCCUAUUGGAGAAAACACUGAUGAAUCUGCCGAGCAGCAGCUUUAAAUCCUUCAAGAACAAGCUCAUAGGGUACAAAAAGAUCACGGUGCACGAUUUAGAACUUGCAGGUCGAGAAGAGGUGGUUACAAAAAUAAUCCGUUGCUACACAACAAAGCGGGGACCAGAGAUAGUUAUAAAGGUACUGAAAGCUAUAAAUGAAAAUCAGGCUGCUCUAGAGCUGAAAACAGAAUUGGAGACAAUAAAUACAGCUGCUGCAACUAAAAAGAAAACCCCUGGGAGCCAGAAGAAACCACCUACUGCCAAGGAAAAGAAAACUCCAGUGAAAGCAUCUGCUGCAACUAAAAAGAAAACCCCUGGGAGCCAGAAGAAACCACGUAAGUCGGCUACUGCCAAGGAAAAGAAAACUCCAGUGAAAGCAUCUGCUGCAACUAAAAAGAAAACCCCUGGGAGCCAGAAGAAACCACGUAAGUCGGCCACUGGUACAAAAAAGAAAGCUUCCAUGAAAGCAUCUACUGCCAAGGAAAAGAAAACUCCAGUGAAAGCAUCUACUGCUAGAAAAAAGAAAACCCCAGUGAAAACAUCUGCUGCUAAGAAGAAAACCCCUGGGAGCCAGAAGAAACCACCUGCUGCAACUAAGAAGAAAACCCCUGGGAGCCAGAGGAAACCACCUCUGUCCCAGAUGAUUUCUCCAGCGAUAUUUCCACCACCACUUUCAAUCAAGAAUUCCUCCAAUAGACCUGCAGUUUGGUUCCCAUCAGGGGCCGCACCCUCUUCCACUCUAGGCACUUCCCCCACAUUCUCCGGCGUAUCCUCCUCAGCUGUUGGCUCAAUCACAGCUCUGUCCCAGAUGAUUUCUCCAGCGAUAUUUCCAUCACCAUUUUCAAUCAAGAAUUCCUCCAAUAGACCUGCAGUUUGGUUCCCAUCAGGGGCCGCACCCUCUUCCACUCUAGGCACUUCCCCCACAUUCUCCGGCGUAUCCUCCUCAGCUGUUGGCUCAAUCACAGGCAGGCAGCACUUUGUGGAUCGGCACCGAGCAGCUCUGAUUGCCAGGGUGUCCCUCAUUGAUCCAAUCCUGGAUGAGCUGCUGGGUGAUUGGACCCUGACCCAGGAACAGUAUGACACAGUGAGAAGCAACAGAACCCCCCAGAAGAAGAUGAGGAAACUCUAUGCCUAUGUCAGGGCCUGGGGGAGGGAUGAGAAGGACAAGUUCUACCGGCACCUGUUGAAGCACAAUGGGCCACUGGUCAGGGACCUAGAAAACAACUAAGCGUCCUUCCCAGAAUGCUCCAGUUUGUACAUGUAGCCAAGUUGAAGUUAAAAACAGUGUCUUCUGACUGCCGACCCUUCUCGAAAUGCCACCUUCACAUGCUGCCAGUCGGACUGUUAGGUUCUGCAUCUGAAACCCAAGCUUCACAUUCCAUAAAGUGGUGCUUUUGCUCCAUAUGGGCACAACAUGGGAGACACUGGUGUCAUAUCGUUUACUUAGAUAGGAACAUUUUCUACAUUUCAUACCGUUAAUGGUUCACAUUAAUUUUGUUGUGAAUAAGUCCCACCUCCUGAAAUCAAGCUGAGGGCUCAUUAGGCUGCUGUACCUGUGGGUGUCUGUAGCAGCCCUGUAAAAGAGCAACAGUUUUACUUGCCCUUUUUUUCCAUCUUUGCAGGAUUACAUAAUUCAUAUGAUUUACCCACAGCAAUUACUGCACACUAAAUGUUGUGGCCUAUAAACCUGUUUACCAAUUAAGAUUGCAAAAAUUGUAAUUGCCCCUCGGUGUGACCCCCCUGCAGUAAAUAUCUCUAAUCUUUCA